AUGGAGCAGUUGGUGGCAGGAGCCGGGGGACCCGGAGAGCAGGUUUUCGCUGGAGGGGACAUGAGCUUUAUUUCCCUCUUGGUUGCUGACAAUCUGAAAGUUCUCAGAACCUUCAGAAUAGCACACGGAACAGUGUACCAUCCACCCUGAUUACUCUCCUUCUUAGCCCCGGUGGCCCCUGGUGAGAUGGUGGAGACUGCAGGUGGGGUGUGCAAGUUCCCCGGACAGUGGCUGAGCUGGUGGCAGGCCCAAGAGUCCUGUGAGCAGCAGUUUGGCCACCUAGCACGGCAGCCUCCCGAUGGGGUUCUUGCUGCAAGGCUACGCGACCCGGUCUGGGUGGGCCAAAGAGAGGUUCCUCCGCAGAGACCCCCACAGAGGCUCACGCAUACCACGGCCAUGCUGGUGUUCCGCGAAAGGACUGCAGACAGGGCGGCACGGCUGCGGACACCCCUGCCCACGCUGAGGGCGCUGACUGCCUGCGCGCACGUGCAGUGGGACACCGCCUCGUCCAACACUGCCACGCUCUUCUCUGUCGCUGUGCCCGCGCAGGCCAAUGCGCUGCAGCUGCGCGCCUUCGCUGGGCGAGGCGGCGUGGUGCGCGCUGCGCUGGUAGUCCGCGGGCACCACGGGCCCUUCCUCGACGCCUUCCGCGCCGACGGCCGCUGGCACCACGUGUGCGCCACUUGGGAGCAGCGUGGAGGACGCUGGGCGUUGUUCGCAGACGGGCGGCAGCGAGCUGGGGCGCAAGGACUGGGCGCCGGCCACUCGCUGCCCCCCGGCGGCAUCCUGGUGUUGGGCCAGGAUCAGGACUCCCUUGGCGGCGGCUUCUCCGCGCGUGACGCCUUCAGCGGGAACCUCACCGACUUCCACCUGUGGGCUCGGACGCUGAGCCCAGCGCAGCUGCAGCAAGCACGAGCCUGCGCGCCGCCUCGCGACGGCCUGCUCUUCAGCUGGGACCCGGGCGCCCUGGACGUCACGCCCUCGAUGCUGCCCACCGUGCGGGUGCGCCUCCUCUGUCCCGUGCCCUCAGAGGAGUGCCCCACGUGGAACCCAGGUCCUCACACCCGGGGCUCGGAGCUCUGCCUGCAGCCGCGGCCCUUCCUCUGCUGCUACCGCACAGAGACCUAUUGGCACCUGCAGGAUGCCCGGUCAUGGCCUGGCCAGGAUGUCAUCAGCCAAGUUAAUGCCUUGGCCAAUGCUACUGUGCUCCUCCCAGAUCCCCUCUCUGAAGCCCACGGAGUCCUGUCCUUGGCUGAGGCCUCCAGCUUCCUGAGCACCCUGGAGAGCGUCCUGGUGAAGGAGGCAGCUCCCCUGGGACCAGCUGCACUGCUGGCUGUUAUGCACUUCCUGAAGAGGGUGACAGCCCUCGGGGCUGGGGAACCAGAGCCCUUGAUGGGGCCUUGGGAGCAGCUGGGCCAGGGUGUCAUGUCUGUGGCCAGCCUGGUCCUGGAGGAGCAGGUGGCUGGCGCAUGGCUGUCCAUCAGUGAGGUGGUUGGCGGACCUAUGGCCCUGGUGGCCAUCGUGCAGCGCCUGGCGCCCCUGCUGAGCACCAUGCUGACCUCAGAGCGGCCCCAAAUACACAUGCAGUACCACCACGCUGGCUUUUCUGGAGUCUCCAUGGUGCACAGCUGGUUCACCUCAAGUAUCUUCCAGAAUGCCCUGGGAGGGCCUGGCCUACAGCCCCAGGCCUCUAACAGCUUGGACCAGGCGAGUGAGGUGCAGAGGUUCCUAAGCACCCAAGUGGGAUCAGCCAUCAUCUCUUCUGAGGUAUGGGAUGUCACUGGGGCAGUCAGCACAGCUGUGACCUUUCACCUGCAGCACCAGGCCCAGAGCCUUCUGUUCCCUCCCCACCCAAGCCCAGACACAGGGGGAGCCUGGGCCACCAGUGGCUGCUCCAUGGCUGCCUUGUACCAGAACUCAGUCGCCUGCUUCUGCAAUCACAGCACCAACUUUGCCAUCCUGUUGCAGGUGUACGACGUCCAGAGAAGUCCUGAGGAGGAGUCGCUGCUGAGGACUCUGUCAUUUGUGGGCUGUGGUGUCUCCUUCUGUGCCCUUGCUACCACCUUCUUGCUCUUCCUGGUGGCCGGGGUCCCCAAGUCGGAGCGAACCACAGUCCACAAGAACCUCACCUUCUCCCUGGCCUCUGCUGAGGGCUUCCUCAUGGCCAGCGAGUGGGCAAAGGCCAACAAGGUGGCAUGUGUGGCCGUCACAGCUGCAAUGCACCUCCUCUUUUUGGUCGCGUUCUCCUGGAUGCUGGUGGAGGGACUCCUGCUGUGGAGCAAGGUAGUGGCCGUGAACAUGCGCCCAGGCCCCAGGAUGAGGCUCUACUAUGUCACAGGCUGGGGCAUGCCUGUGGGCAUCGUGGCCAUCACCCUGGCUGCAUUCCCUCGUGACUACGUGGCCCCUGGACACUGCUGGCUCAAUGUGCACACAGACACCAUCUGGGCCUUCGUGGGGCCUGUGCUCUUUGUGCUGACUGUCAACACCUGCAUCCUGGUGCGUGUGGUGAUGGUCACCGUGUCCAGUGCCCGCCGCCGUACUCGCAUGCUGAGCCCACAGCCCUGCCUGCAGCAGCAGGUCAGGAUCCAGAUAUGGGCCACAGUGAAGCCAGUGCUGGUUCUGCUGCCAGUCCUGGGCCUGACCUGGCUGGUUGGCAUCCUGGUGCACCGUGGCCCCGCCUGGUCCUACACCGCCAUGGGCCUCAAUGCCCUCCAGGGGCCGUACAUCUUCCUGGUUUAUGCAGCCUGCAACGGGGAGGUGUGGAGUGCCCUGCAGAGGACAACUGAGAAGGCAGCUGAGGGACCCAUGGCCCCAGAAUCCCCACAGCCUUCUCCUCCAUUGCAGAACCCGAGAGACCGUUACCAUGCUGCAGGGCCCUGGGAGCAGCGGGAGCUGCUGCCCAUGUGCUGGCAGGCCCUGAAUGCCAAGGCCAUGGGGGAGGGAGGAGUGAUUGCCAAGGUGGCUAAGAGAAAGGGGGAGCAUAGAGAUGGAGCCCACCCCCCUGAUGGGCCCCUCUAUCCUCAGGUUGUGGAGCUGACGGCAUUCAAAGCUUCAGCCUCACUGCACCAGGAGGAGGUGAUUUGA